UUUUUUUUUUUUUUUUUUUUUUUUUUUUUUUUUUUGUGAUGUUGAUUUGAACCUGUUCUUUAAGGCUUGCAAGAAAGAGGGAGUUUGGUGAAAGGGAGGGGAGAAUGGGGAUUUCCGAAUUGGGUUUCAGGUGAGACACAACACCAAAAAACAGCUUCGUGUUGGAACGUAGAGGGAGAAGAAAGAAGAAAGACGAUUAUGAUGAAGGGGCUUCAUCAAGGGCAAAAUCUCCCACCAGACGUCACCCAAGUGAUCGAACAGCUCGAGCGCCAUUGCUUGGCCCCAGAUGAUUCUCUCGUCUCUAAGUCCUGUUACUACGACCUCCAACUGGCGAGGGAGGAAAUGUUUAGGGAAAGGCUUCGCUACUUGGAAGCUAUGGCAAUUUACAGUGAGGCUAUAGCAAUGGUGGAAGACUAUCAACAGGCGGUUUCGGUGGCUAACCUUGGAGGAAUUCGGGAUGUGCAGGGCUUAUUCAUGCAACUUGGGUUAAAGAAUUCCCCUCAGGUGUAUGAGACUUUGGAGCAUCGUAUGGUUGUUGCUGAAGCAGCUCAAAGGUUGAGGCUUCCUCUUAUUUCAAAAGAUGGUGAAUUUCGUGAGGAGGAAAUUGAGAAAUGCAGUAUCUUGUCACGAAGUUCCCUUGACAGUACAAGUAGUAGUAUUACAAUCAGCUCAACCUCCAAUUCAACCAAUUACACAACUGCCAAUAGCACUUCCAGUGCUGCAAAUACUAUUCUUUCUAUUGCUACCGAUUCAGAACCUGGAGUUGGUGGUGUUCCUAACCGCUUCCUUGGAAUUACACCUGCUUAUUUAUGGCAAAGUCAACUCCAGCAGAACCCCUUGUCCAUUGAUAUGACAGAGUACCAGUUGUGUCUUUCCCGUGAGAUUGAGGCUCGUUUAAAAGCUAAAUGUGAUACUUUAGCUGAUGCUUUUAUAAUGGAUGACAUAGAUUCAUCAUCUGGACAUCAAAAUUCAAGUACACGAAUUCCAGAAAGGGUUAAAUUCAUCAUAGAAGAGAUUGAAAGGGAAGAAGCUACUCUAAGAGAGGACCUGUACUCUGCAGAUAGAAAAUUUGCUGAAUAUUAUAGUGUCUUGGAGCAGAUACUGGGCGUGCUUAUUAAGCUUGUAAAAGAUUUGAAGCUGCAACACCAACAUAAAUAUGAUGAACUACAGAAAACGUGGCUCUGCAAAAGAUGUGAGACCAUGAGUGCAAAAUUGAGGGUUUUAGAAAAUGUUCUUCUUCUUGAAACUUACACUCAGGAAUCAAUACCAGCUCUACAUAAAAUAAGGAAAUAUCUUGUUGAGGCUACAGAAGAAGCUUCUAUUGCAUACAACAAAGCGGUUACGCGUCUUCGUGAGUACCAAGGUGUUGAUCCUCACUUUGAUUCAAUUGCAAAACAGUACCGUGAAAUUGUAAAGGACUUGGAAACCAUGCAAUGGACAAUCCACCAAGUUGAAAUGGAUCUGAAGCGCUUACCAGAUCACCCAAAUGCGUAGUUUAUGUUAAAACAAACAAACAAGUUGAUUUUUUGUUGUUUAGUUUAUGUUACACAUCUUGGUCUGACUUCUUUGGUCUUAUAUUAGUGACUAUAAAACAUAUUGUUUAGAAUGUUUUCGAUGAUUAUCUCUUUCCAUGAUUGGCAGAAUGCAUUUGCUCCUUUAUGUUUUGGAAGGAUACAAACUGAUACAUACGAUGGGAUUUAGAAAAGAGUAUAAACUCUGAUUAACUUUA